GAGCCUGUGACAGAUUGUAGUCAACAUGAGCAGAGGCAGAGGAGCAGAUUUGAUUUGAAGGUUAUUAGGCCGGCAGAGAAGCCGUUGUUUGAUGUGGAAUGGCUGUCACCCGCUGGGAGAGAUAAGGGAUUCUGCACAUACCUGUCGACCGCAUCGCCCCUGUAUAAAAUACUUCUUAAAGGCUUGCACCUGAGAAAUACUGAUCCCAACUUCUGCCAGCUCCCAGACUCCCAGUCACAGCCCUUACAGGGGAGACCGGCCCAUUCGCAGGAUAGUAGAAGGACUUUAUUAUUAUUACAUUUCAGGACAUAUCACUGUCUCACUUGUAUCAAAGGGAUGCACAUCUUGAACCUGAUAUCCAUGGUGUAGAGUCUCAGCUUAAUGUACACAGCACUCAUGGUUACCAUCUCUCUGUUAGCCAUGGCUGUUCUCCUGCUGUCUUUGCCUCAAAGUGUUUCUUCAAAGAAAGUUUUCCACAAUGACUCAGAGACGGUGUAUCUGGGAUCCCAGUUUUUAGAGCCGGCUCUUCGUAGAGCGAUGGAACUCACUGACGCUGCUUACACCCGAACGAGCGAAAGAGUGAAGAUGUCUCUGUCUGAAGGGGCUCUACGGCCCAGCGACCUCCUGGCGCAGUUCAAACAGGCCGAGCCCAGCACCAGAGCUCACAUCCAGGCUGCAGAGCUCCUGGACAACACAGUGGAGCUGAUCAGAGAGAUGGUCUACACUCACACCAUGGUCAUGCCAGACCACAGUGAGCUGCUGAGUGACGGGGAUGUGGAGGAGCUGCUGCAGGUGACUGGAUGCUCCUCUGAGCUGAAGAGCAUGCGCUGUGACACCGACUGUCUCUCCGAGCGAUACAGAUCCGUCACGGGGGAGUGCAACAAUAGACAGCGUUCUAGUUGGGGUGCUGCAAACAUCCCCUACUCCCGCUGGCUGGAGCCAGAGUAUGAGGACACCACCGGCAUGCCGAGAGGCUGGGACCCGGACCACUCCUACAACGGCUUCAGCCUGCCUCCGGUGAGGCUGGUGUCCCAGGAGGUGCUGUACACCCACAACGACAACAUCUCCCUGGACUCCACCCUGUCCCAGCUGCUGGUGGAGUGGGGCCAGUGGAUCGACCACGACCUGGUCCUGACACCCCAGAGCCCCAGCACCGCCGCCUUCAGGACCGCCGUGGACUGCACCCGCAGCUGCAGCCGCGACACGCCCUGCUUCCCCAUCCAGAUCCCGUCCUCGGACCCCCGCACCGGCCUCCAGAGCUGCAUGCCCUUCUUCCGCUCGGCGCCGAGCUGCGGGCGCGGCCCCCUGGGGAGGGGCCACCGGGAACAGCUCAACGCCAUCACCUCGUACGUGGACGCCAGCAUGGUGUACGGCAGUUCGCCCGGCGUGGCCUCGGCCCUGCGCGACCGCCUCUCCCCCCGGGGCGCCCUGGCUCUCAACCCGCAGCACUCCGACCACGGCCUGGCCUACAUGCCCUUCCUGAGCCGCGGGCCACAGGCUCGCCUGGACCCCUGUGGCCCUCGAAGGGGGGGGAACCUGUCCUCCUCAGGGCCGCAAGAUGGGUCCCCACGCCGGGAUAACGCCACCUCUUGUUUUCAGGCUGGAGACUCCAGAGCCAACGAGCAUCUGGGGAUGAUCGCGCUGCACACCGUGUUCCUGAGAGAGCACAACCGGUUGGUGGAGGCGUUGUAUGGCCUCAACCCACACUGGAGCCCCAACACCCUCUAUCAGGAGGCCCGCAAGAUCAUGGGGGCCGUCCACCAGGUCCUGACGUGGGACCACUAUCUCCCUCGGGUCCUGGGGGAGGGUGCUCUCUCCCGCCUCAUGCCCGCCUACGAGGGCUAUAACCCUGACGUGGACCCCAGUGUUGCUAAUGUAUUUGCCGCGGCUGCAUUCCGCUUUGCCCACGUCACCAUCCAGCCCAUGGUGGCUCGGCUGGGGCCCGGGUACAGCCUGGACCCCCAGCACCCGCCGCUGGCUCUGCACCACUCCCUGUUUGCCUCCUGGAGGGUGGUGCAGGAAGGGGGGGUGGACCCAGUGCUGCGGGGUCUCCUGCUGUCCCCGGCUAAGCUGCAGGUUCCCGGGCAGAUGAUGGUGGAGGAGCUGACGGAGCGCCUGUUCCAGGCCCAGGGCGGGAUGCCCCUGGACCUGGGGGCCCUCAACCUGCAGCGGGGGCGGGACCAUGGACUGCCUGGAUACAGCUCUUGGAGGGAGUUCUGUGGCCUCUCCGUCCCCAACACCACCGCGGACCUCGCCGACGUCCUGGGGAACCGGCCGUUGGCGCACAAGUUCCUGGAGCUCUACGGCACGGCACGCAACAUUGACGUCUGGGUGGGGGCCAUCUCGGAGCCGGCGCUGCCCGGGGGCCGCGUGGGGCCGCUGCUGGCCUGCCUCCUAGCGAGGCAGUUCAGGGCCCUGAGGGAUGGGGACAGGUUCUGGUGGGAGAGGGAAGGUGUCUUCACCGCAGCGCAGCGUAAGCAGCUGAGAACCGCGUCUCUCUCACGCAUCAUCUGUGACAACAGUCACAUCCAGCGCGUCCCCGCGGACCCCUUCUCCCGCACCGAGAGCGCAGACGCAAUGCUGCCCUGCUCCCACCCCCUCAUCCCCCAGCUGGACCUCGGCCCCUGGAAAGAACCGGACACGGACCCCAGGUGCGGUGUCAUACCAAGGGUGCAGUACGGCUAUUCUCUGCUGUGUGGCUCAGUGGUUCUCUUCCAGUGCCGCACUGGCUUCACGCUCCAGGGCCCUCCCUCUGUCAGGUGUGAUCCGGGCAGCCAGCACUGGACACCAGCACCUCCUAUCUGCCACGACCUGAACCCUUCCGUAGGGUCAGUUCUGGGGGCCGUUGUGGCUGUCCUGGCAGGCGUCCUCAUCCUGGCCCUGCUGCUGGUUUGGUACAGAAGAUAUUUCCCAAAUAAACAAGAACUGGUAAAUGAAGGAUGCUGUCAGCAGAACAGCUAAUCCACGCUCUGCUGUCAUUAUAAAAUACAGGACUGUAAUUAGCUUUGGAUUUGAUGUUCUUAUUUGCUCAUAGCUAUAGGGUUUAACUUCCUAGUUGGUUUGAGGUCAAUUCAAUCAAGCCAAUGUGAAACACACCUCAACCCGUUCAAGUAAGCUUGGCUGUGUUUGAUUUGUUGACAACCGUUUUUCAAAGCAAUCAUCACAGGGUGUGACAUCACGUUCCUCUGGUGACAUGACAUGUCACUUUCACCGGCUGAAUACUUUGAUACUAUUGGCUUUGACAACUGGCGAGGAGUCCAUGCAGAAAUUCCAUAUAUUAUAUAACCUAUGAGUCAACCUUUGAGCAGUGUUAGAAGACCAUUGUGUUAUUCUUCCUAUCCAAAACCAGUUAGGCCACCAUGUGUGGGUGAGGUUAGGUAAAAAACCUUACAAUCAAGGUAGCUGGCAGUUCCUGGUGAUGUUUUUAGUUUUCGCCCUGAGAACUGAGGUCAUGGUUAGAAGGGCUCUUCUCCGAUUGGAUAUUUGAUUUGGCAUUGAAAAAGGUUAGGUUAGUAGUGGUUAGGGUUAUGUGAGUGGCAGUGAGAAAGGAUGGGUUAGAGAGGCAACAGCACAUAAACACAGCUUUACAGACGUACAACAAGGCAGCAACAGGAACCUGCAGGGUUAACAUACAGCUACUCAGACAUACAACAAGCACAAGCGAAGAACAGGAUUACAUAAACAAGGCAGAAUAGCAAGAAUAACAAUUGUGAAAAGCAUAAAAAAAUAACAUUUAAAAAAACAUAUCAGCGGGUACGGGCGUACAGAUGAGACAGGAGACUGAGGGCAAGGUUAGAUGGAGGGGAAGCAGUCACAGGAAUCUGUUAGAAGGUGUGAGAUGGUGUCUUUGAAGGCCGGGAUGGAAAUCAAUUUGACCAGUUUGAGGUGUUUUUGUAGUGCAUUCCAGUCAACGGCAGCAGCUGACUGGAAUGUUGCUAGACCGAGUAUGGAUCUGGUUUCAGGGGUUGUUAGCAGGAUGAGGAGAGAGGACCGGGUGUUAUAUGUGAUAGGUAGACGAUGCAGCAGGCGGGACAGGUAGGGGGGUGUCCGUUGAAGGGGGGUCUUGUAGAUGAGAGUGAGCCAGUGAAUAUCACGAAGCGUGUGUGAAGUGUGAAGCGAUGGCCAAUUGACCAGUGAGUAAAGACUGCAGUGGUGGGUGUUGAGGGGGGCAGUUGUGGCAAAACGGAUGGCAGAGUGAUAGAGUGUGUCCAGUUUGGCGAGAGUGCCCUUGCAUGCGGUUCUAUAGAUAGAUCACCGAAAUCAAGUGUUGGGAGAAUAGUGUGAUAAGUGUGAGUUUAGAAGAGGAAGUGAAGGCGGUAAAGGAAACCGAGUUUGGCCCGCACCUUAGACUGUAACCGGGAGAUGUGAUGUGAAAAGCAUAGUGUAGUGUCUAACCAGAUGCCCAAGUAUUUGUAGAUGGAGACUUGCUCCAGGAUUGCCCACUCACAGGUGGAGAUGUUUAAUGGAGACGGAGAGGGAACACCCUUCCGAUAAAACCACAUGACUUUUGUCCUAGAUUUGUUGAAUGGCAGUUUCAGUUGUGAGAGGGCAUGUUGUACCUGGAGAAAGCUAUCCUGGUGCGUGGAUUGGACAGAGGAGGGAGAUGAAUCACAGGCGUAUAGGAUUGUUGUGUCAUCUGCAUAAAGGUGAAUGAGGGAAUUGCCAGCAGCUAGGUGGAUGUUAUUGAUGUAGAUGGAGAACAGAGACGAGUUAAAAACCCCCUGCGUCGAAUGAAGACGCACAAGGACCCCCUUUGCGUCAGCAAUUAAAGCCAAAAGACCCUGAAAAAGCGUUGAUUUUUGACGAACUCGGAGUGAGACUGCGUGGGGGGAUGGCCUGCUCAGUUCUCAGGGCAGAAACUAACGCCCGAGGUAGUCUGGUCCAGCAUCUCUUACUGCAGUUACUAGAUGACCUUCUUUAAUAUAUACUUACAAAUAAACGUAUCCGCAAUCUUCCCGUGCUCAACAAUUGGCAAAGUAUUAAGAGUCUAGUUGUCAUAGUUGUCUUUAUUGGCUACACACAAUUGAAAGCAAAAACAUGUAAAUCUACUCAGAACUUACUGAGAUAACGCAUUUGAAAAUCUUGCAUAAUAAGAAUUAUUGCACUUCAGUUUUACCUUGAAAAACACCUUCUAUACCAGAAUUAAUAACAGACGCAGAAAUAAUUUAUUGUGACUGAUUCUGAUGGCUGUUGACUGUGCUCAUGCACAAACUGUGCUGUAUGGCUUGUAUCGCUUCUGAGAGUAUUCAACUAUCAUUGCAAAUGGUUGUGCGUUA